AUGGGAUUUAAUAUGCCCCCCUCAUGGGGAGGGCCUGGUUCUCAACAAUUCAGGCAAUAUUUCAGAUGUUAUCCUGUGGCGAUGUUGCCCGGGAAGGAGCGUGAAAACAUAAAUUUCGGAGGCAAAAUUGUGAUGCCACCCAGUGCAUUGAAUAAGCUUACUAUGCUUCACAUUACUUAUCCUAUGCUUUUUGAAUUAAAGAGCCAAGAGACAGAGUUGACUACACAUGCUGGUGUGUUAGAAUUCAUUGCAGAGGAAGGAAGGGUAUAUAUUCCUCAAUGGAUGAUGGAAACACUUGCCUUACAACCUGGUUCAUUGAUUCAGGUAGGGUCGAUUGAUUUACCAUCGGGAUCAUUCGUCAAGAUCGAGCCCCAGUCGACAGAUUUUUUAGAUAUUUAUGACCCAAAAGCUGUUUUAGAAAAUGCUCUGCGAAAUUUCAGCACGCUAACUGUUGAUGAUAUCUUUCAAAUUUCGUACAACAAUCAUAUUUAUUCCAUCAAGGUUCUUGAAGUUAAGCCUACCAGUAGUCACAAUAGUAUCUGCGUCGUCGAAACAGAUUUAGAGGUUGACUUCGCUCCCCCUGUCGGAUAUGUCGAGCCUAGUAUCGAUAGUAGUGGUCCGCCUUCUGGAACUGCUUCAGUUUCGUCUAAUGUUCCCUCAAGAGCUUUCAAUACUCCAGUGGGAGCAAUGGCAAGUACAAUCGGGUAUGAGAAAUUAGUAAAAUCCUCAGCAGCUGCGUCCAAUGAGUCAAAUAUUAGAUUGAGAAAUUUUGAAACGGUAUAUGCAGGAGAGGGACAAAAGCUAUCUGGCAAAUCAAUUACAAAAUCAAAGCAUGAGGACUUCGCUGAAUCAGAAUCUCAGGGCCCUAACGAAAAUGAAGGGCUUGGCAAUCUAUUGACAAACUCAGCCCCUGCCUUGGAGUUGCCUUUCGGUCAACUUUUUUUCGGUUAUCCUUUGACACCACUGAAGGAUGCAGAAGGUGAGAAAGAUCGUGAAGAACAAGAGCAGGCUGGUAGCAGUAUACACUUUCAAGGCUCUGGUCAAUCUUUGCGACAAAGUCGUAAACGGAAGAAAGAUGGUGUAGCAUCGAGUUCCACCUCUAAGCGCCCUAAUUCUCCUGAUGUAAUAGAGAUCGAUUGA